UAAGCAGCCUUCAGUUUACCUCCAGAGUGAACACGGAGAAAGACACUUGUUAAGUAAAUCUCGGGCGGAUUCUAUACCAAACCAGACCAGAAGAAUGGCAGCUCCAGCUAUCGGCAUCGACCUGGGCACCACCUACUCGUGCGUGGGAGUGUUCCAGCACGGCAAGGUCGAGAUCAUCGCCAACGACCAGGGCAACAGGACCACGCCCUCCUACGUCGCCUUCACCGACACCGAGAGACUCAUCGGAGACGCCGCCAAGAAUCAGGUGGCCAUGAACCCUAACAAUACAGUAUUUGACGCUAAACGUCUUAUUGGCCGCAAAUUCGACGACCCAACCAUUCAAAGUGACAUGAAGCACUGGCCUUUCACUGUCAUCAACGAGGGAGGCAAACCAAAGUUAAGGGUCGAGUUUAAGGGAGAAAACAAGACCUUCAACCCUGAGGAGAUCUCGUCCAUGGUGCUCACCAAGAUGAAGGAGACAGCCGAAGCCUACCUAGGAAAGACUGUCAAGGACGCCGUGAUCACGGUCCCCGCCUACUUCAACGACUCCCAGCGACAAGCUACAAAAGAUGCUGGAGCCAUCGCGGGCAUCAACGUUCUUAGGAUCAUCAAUGAACCCACAGCCGCCGCCAUUGCUUAUGGACUGGACAAGAAAACUGGUGGAAAAGGAGAACGAAACGUGUUGAUCUUCGACCUGGGAGGCGGUACCUUCGACGUGUCCAUCCUCAGCAUCGACGACGGAGUGUUCGAAGUCAAGUCGACCGCAGGAGACACUCACUUAGGCGGCGAGGACUUUGAUAACAGAAUGGUAAAUCAUUUUACUCAAGAAUUUCAGAGAAAAUAUAAAAAGGAUAUGACAAGUAACAAACGCGCACUUCGACGUCUCCGAACUGCCUGUGAACGAGCCAAGCGAACACUCUCUUCCUCCACACAAGCCAGUCUGGAAAUCGACUCUCUCUUCGAGGGAAUCGACUAUUAUACAUCCAUCACUCGUGCAAGAUUCGAAGAGCUUUGUUCCGACCUUUUCCGAGGAACUCUAGAACCAGUGGAGAAAGCUCUCCGAGACGCCAAGUUAGACAAGAGUACUAUCCAUGACAUCGUCCUUGUUGGAGGCUCAACGCGCAUCCCCAAGGUGCAAAAACUCCUUCAGGAUUUCUUCAACGGCAAGGAGCUGAACAAAUCCAUCAACCCAGACGAAGCUGUGGCAUACGGAGCUGCAGUUCAGGCAGCCAUAUUGCGUGGGGAUCAAUCCGAAGGUGUAAAGGAUGUACUGCUCCUGGAUGUUGCUCCCCUGUCUUUGGGUAUCGAGACAGCCGGUGGAGUUAUGACAGCCUUAAUCAAACGAAACACUACAAUUCCUACAAAACAACAACAGACAUUUACAACAUACGCAGAUAACCAGCCAGGGGUAUUGAUCCAAGUGUACGAAGGCGAACGCGCCAUGACAAAAGAUAAUAACUUGUUGGGGAAAUUCGAGUUGAGUGGAAUCCCACCAGCGCCGCGAGGAGUGCCGCAAAUCGAAGUCACCUUCGAUGUUGACGCCAACGGUAUCCUUAACGUGUCAGCUGUCGACAAAUCUACAGGGAAGGAGAAUAAAAUCACCAUCACCAACGACAAGGGUCGUCUGAGCAAAGAGGAAAUCGAGAGGAUGGUCAAUGAGGCAGAGUCAUAUCGCGAGGAGGAUGCAAAGCAGAGAGAACGAAUUGAUGCCAAGAACCGUCUGGAGUCCCUGUGCUUCAGCGUCAAGUCUGCCGUAAAUGAAUCCUCAGUUGCUGACAAACUAUCGGCUGACGAGAAACGCUCCGUGGAGGAGAAGGCAGACGAGACGCUGAAGUGGCUGGACGCGAAUCAGCUGGCAGAGAAGGACGAAUACGAGUACAAGAUGAAGGAGUUGGAGCAGGUGUGGCGACCGCUGGCUAGUAAAGUCCACGGAGCAGGAGGAGCCCCAGGGGGCGGUGCUUCUUCCGGCAAGGGCCCGACAGUCGAAGAAGUUGAUUAAUGCCAGGGAACGACAAGACAAUAUUGAAUGCAUUAAACUGUGGUUUGAGUUUUUCAUUAUUUAUAUCAAUAAAUAGUUAAAACGUUUCUA